GAGUUGAGAUGCGGAAGUUUCCGCCCAGUAAUCUCCGCGCUGAUACGCUGGGAGAUGCUGCUGCUGCCCGCGGUGUCCGCGGCUCCGCGCCCGGGAUUUCUCUGCAGCUCCGGCCGCUGAAGCUCUCGCUCUGAGCCGUCAUGGCCACCAUGCCCGCCUCGGAGCGGCGCGCCUUCGCCCUCAAACUCAACAGGCACUCGUCCGCUGAGAUCCGGAAACACUUCACUUUGGGCUAUGGAACUCCACAGAGCGGCCCGCACCACCACCAGAGCUCCAGCGUCUCUGGAUCCUUCUGUUUCAGCAUCCCUAAUUCAUAUGACGCAGUGGAGCCGGUGGAUGUGGAGGAGUUUCUGAUGACGCAGCUGCGCAGCGGGGAUGCCGAGCUCAUGCAGGAGCUGGGAGAGUUCCCAGAUGAUGAUCUGGAUGUGGAUCUGGUGGACAGGGAGUGCCGGACCAUUCGCCACUCCGUCCCUGACGAGGGGGUGGAACUGGAUCCUCACGUAAGGGACUGUGUUAAUGGUUACACUCAGCCUUGGCUGGUGGUCAGCAGAAGAUGUCAGGGGGAUGGCUGGAGUGUGUACUCGGAGAAGUCAGGCUUUCUGAAACUGCUGCAGAAGCAGGUCUUUGAGACAGAUGUGGAACCUGAAAAACAGGAACAGCCGGUGAAAUCUCCGUCUCUGGCAGUGUUAUGCGAUGAUGACAGCACACAGAGCACUGUCACCUCUUCAGACUUUGACCUGCGGGGGCUACAGCCGGACCCUCGGCUGGACAGCCUACUGCGGUUCAGUAACCCUGAGGACCUUGACCGCUUUAAUAUGGAGGCUAGACAUGGCAACCGGCAUCCUGAACUUUUCUCCCUCUACCCACCUCCUGAUGAGGAGGACAUUGUGGAGAUCCGUCCCAUUCCCGAAUGUCCAAAGGAGCACAUGGGCCACAGGAUACUAGUGCGAUGCCAGAGCUUCAAGUUCGAGAUUGAGAUUGAGCCCCUGUUUGUCACCAUGGCCUUGUACGACCUGAAAGAAAAGAAAAAGAUUUCAGAGAACUUCCACUGUGAUCUGAACUCAGAGAAAAUGAAGGACUUCCUGAGCUCUCACACGCCUCACAUCGACUCCUCCACACAGUCAAAGGCGGCCAUUUUCUCCAUCUCCUACCCCUCUCCAGAUAUCUACCUGGUUAUCAAGAUUGAGAAGGUCCUGCAGCAGGGGGAAAUUGGAGAGUGUGCUGAGCCGUACCUGGGGAUGAAGGAGAGCGACAGUGGGAAGAACAAAGAUAAGCUGGAGAAGCUGAGGAACCAGGCGGAGGGUUUCUGUCAGAGGCUUGGUCAGUACCGCAUGCCCUUCGCUUUCGCCACCGUCAACAUUGCCAGUGUGAUCACCACAGCCACGCUGGAACGAGACAUGGCAGACUCAGACAGCCUCAACGGCCGGAGCAGUUUGGAAAAGAAGGCUUACUUGCCGAGGCGCAACUCUGAGCGAUUCAGCAUGAUGGAGGACCAGUUCAAUCUGUCAAGCUCCAAACCCUCAACCAUCACUAUUCAAACCUUCUUUAAACAGGAAGGGGAGCGUCUCGGUGAUGAAGACUUAUUUAAGUUCCUGGCAGACAGCAAGAGGACAUCCAACAUCCAGCGAAGGAGCAAGACGAUAUCAGGAUGUCUAAAACUGGAGGUGACCCCGUCUCCUGAAUCAGUGAUGCCCUGUCUGUCUCCGGAGCUCAUCCCUAUAAAACCAGCAUCAGAGAAAAGCACCAGACUAAUCAAAGAGGUUCUGGAAUUCCCUUCUAAUGAUGUCUAUGUCCCUCACAGCAUAUACCGGAACCUGCUGUAUGUGUAUCCUCAGAAGCUGAAUGUUAGCAGUCGUGGCAACAUCCGAAAUAUAACUGUAAAGAUCCAGUUUAUGAACACAGAGGACCCCAGUGGAGCCCUGCCUGUAAUAUUUGGGAGAUCAAGUGGUCCAGAGUUUGUGUCAGAAAUCUACACCCCCAUCACCUAUCAUAACAGGUCUCCAGACUUCUAUGAGGAGGUGAAGAUUCGUCUGCCUGCGCGUCUCACUGAGAAACACCACUUGCUCUUCUCCUUCUACCACAUCAGCUGCCAGCAGAAGCAGAACCAGAGCGGCAGUGUGGAAACUCUCGUCGGAUAUUCAUGGCUGCCCAUUCUGAACAAUGAAAGGCUGCAGAUAGGACAGCACUGUCUGCCCAUCGCUGUGGAGCGUCUUCCUGUAAACUACUCCAUGCAUUCCCCUGAGAAAAUGCCAACCCAGAUUCCACCAAUGAAAUGGAUGGACAGUCAUAAAGGCCUGUUCAGUCUGGAGGUUCAGUCUGUGUCUUCAGUUCAUAUACAGGACUCUCAUCUAGAGCGGUUCUUCACUCUGUGCCAUGCUCUGGAGGGGAAGCCCACCUUCCCCAUCCGAGUGCGGGACGAGAAGCUGACGGAGAAUAAGCUGGAGCACGAGCUGAAGCUCAGCAUCAUCUCACUGUCCUCCUCUGCACUCGAGCCACUCGUUCACUUCCUCCACCUGGUGCUGGACAAGCUCUUCCGCCUCAUCAUGCAGCCCAUGGUCAUCGCCGGGCAGACAGCAAACUUGGCCCAGAUCGCUUUUGAAUCUGUGGUGUCCGUCGUUAACAGCCUUCACACCAGCCAGGAGCUGGCCAAAGACCACCAGGGCAGGAACUGUCUCCUAGCAACCUACCUCUACUAUGUGUUUCGGUUGCCAGACACUCCCUUCGAACUCCUCAACACAGGCACAGGACCGCUGUCUCAGGAGAGCAGGUACAGCACUAUGGGUCGAGCCACAGCCACAGCUGUGGGCACCAUGCUGCUGCAGUCCCGCAUUCGCUCCAGCAGCAACCCUGACAUACCUGCUCCACAGAGCCCAGAGGAUGCUGAGGUCAAGAACAUCUUGGCUGGGAAGGGAUUGAACCAGCCUGGUUGCAGAAUGUCCACUAUCCUUGAUGUUACCAGUCACUCUCAGAGUGGUAGCACACGACCCUCAAACAGAAAGCAGUUUCAUGAAGAGCUGGCUCUUCAGAUGGUGGUCAGCACUGGUGUCUGCAGGGAGAAUGUCUAUAAAUACUGCUGGUUCUUCUUUGAGCUCCUGGUAAAAAGCAUGGCCCAGCAUGUCUCACAGAUGGAGAAACAGGCUGUGCCCCGAAAAAGUCGCUUUUCUGACCGAUUCAAGGACGACAUUACCACGAUAGUUAAUGUGGUCACAGCUGAGAUUGGAACUAUACUGGUGAAACAACAGAAGGAGCUGGAUCAGGCAGAGAAGGUGAACAUUAGUCUGGCUUUCUUCGUUUAUGACCUAAUGUCCCUCAUGGACCGAGGCUUUGUCUUCAACCUGGUAAAGAACUACUGUAAUCAGAUGUCAGCGAAGAGCGUGACCAUGUCUACUCUGAUCAGCAUGAGGCUGGAGUUUCUGCGUGUUCUCUGCAGUCACGAGCACUACCUGAACCUGAGCCUUUACUUCAGCAACCCCACGUCUGCCCCAAACUCCCCAUGCCCCUCCAUCACCUCACAGACUUCGAGCUCAUGUAGUUUACAGGAUCAGAGGAUCGUGGCCAUGUUUGAUCUGUCUCAGGAGUUUAAGCAGCAGCACUAUCUGACCGGGCUGCUGCUCACUGAACUCAGUGCAGCGCUGGACAUGGAGUCUGAGGGAGGUAAGGUGCAGCGCAAAGCCAUUAAUGCCACAUACAGUCUGCUGUGUGCCCACGAUCUGGACAAUCGGUGCUCAAGAUCAGACGUCAGGACUAAAAUUGCUGCCCUCUACCUCCCUCUGGUGGGCAUCAUCAUCGACUCCAUCAACUACCUCGACUUCACAGUUUCAGAGCAACGUGGUGGAAAGGGCAAGUCUAACGGUCAGGAGGAAGACUUCGAAAGCGUCACCCCCAUAAAUCAGUCUGUUGCAAUGGCGAUUGCAGGAAACCCCUUUAACACUUUGGCGAGAAAUGCACUGGUGUCUAUGGCUUCAAUGUCAGGUAAAAUCGGCAGCACACUCACAGCAGAGACCAGCCGCAACCUGCUGGUGUGUUUCCUAUGGAUCAUGAAGAAUGCUGAUCAGAAUCUCGUCCAGCGCUGGGUGGUGGACAUGCCCUCCUCUCAGCUCAGCCGCCUCCUCGAGCUCCUCACCAUCUGUGUCUCCUGCUUUGAGUACAGGGGGAAACAGAGCUCAGAUAAGGUGAGCACGCAGGCCCUGCAGAAGUCACAGCAGGCUAAAGCCCGUCUGGAGGAGGCGCUGCUGGGAGGCAUGGGGGCCCGAGGAGAGAUGAUGAAGAGGGUGGGAGGUAAUGACCGGACUAUGGGUCAGAGAGAGAAUCUGCGCUGGAGGAAAGACCUCACACAGUGGCGCCAGACCAACGACAGGCAGGACAAAUCUAAAGCUGAGCUGGAUCAGGAAGCCAUAAUCAGUGGAAAUCUGGCCACGGAGGCCAACCUCAUAGUCCUGGACCUGCUGGAGGUCAUUGUGCAGGCCGUGCCACUGUCUGACUGUAAGGAUAAUGCAGUUGGUGGAGUUCUGAGGGUUCUCCUUCACUCUUUAAUAUGUAACCAGAGCACCACUUACCUGUCUCACUGCUUCAGCACCAUCCGGGCGCUCAUCGUGAAGUAUGGGGACGUUCUGUUUGAGGAGGAGGCUGAACAGUGCGCUGAUCUCUGCCAGAAAGUGCUCCACUACUGCAACAGCUGUGUGGACGGCAACCGCAGCCAAGCCUGCGCUACUCUCUACCUCAUCAUGAGAUACAGCUAUAGCUCAGCCAGCAAUUUCUCCAGAGUGAAAAUGCAGGUGACCAUGUCACUGGCGUCUCUUGUCGGUAAAUCCUCAGAUGUACAUGAGGAGUACCUGCGGCGCUCCUUCCGGACCAUUUUAGCUUACGCAGAGGAAGACACCGAGAUGCAGUCCACACAGCUCCCAUCACAGGUGGAUGAGCUUUUAAGGAAUCUGAACAGCAUCCUCUCUGAUACAGUGAAGAUGAAGGAGUUUCAGGAAGAUCCUGAGAUGCUUAUGGACCUUAUGUACAGGAUUGCCAAGGGCUACCAGACAUCGCCCGAUCUGCGGCUGACCUGGCUCCAGAACAUGGCGGAGAAGCAUAACGGCAAAAACUGCUUCACAGAGUCUGCCAUGUGCCUGGUGCACGCCGCCGCCCUGGUGGCCGAAUACCUCAGCAUGCUGGAGGACCACAAGUACCUGCCUGUGGGCAGCGUCACAUUCCAAAACAUCUCCCCUAAUGUGCUGGAGGAGUCCGCGGUGUCAGAUGAUAUUUUGUCUCCAGACGAGGAUGGAGUCUGCUCAGGACGCUACUUCACCGAGAACGGCCUGGUGGGCCUUUUGGAGCAGGCUGCAGAACUUUUCAGCCAAGGUGGGUUAUAUGAGGCAGUAAACGAGGUAUACAAAAUCAUCAUUCCCAUCCUGGAGGCUCACAGAGAUGUCCGGAAACUGUCCACCACUCACGACAACUUGAAAAGAGCCUUUGACAACAUCGUUCUGAAGGGCCAUAAGAGGAUGUUUGGUACGUAUUUCCGCGUGGCCUUUUUUGGCUCUAAGUUUGGGGAUCUGGAUGAGCGGGAGUUCAUUUAUAAAGAGCCAGGAAUCACGCAUCUGCCGGAGAUCUCCCACAGGCUAGAGAACUUCUACAGCAAGUGUUUGGGGGACGGUGUGCUGGAGAUGAUAAAGGAUUCCACACCUGUAGACAGAAACAAGCUGAAUCCCAACAAGGCUUAUAUUCAGAUCACCUAUGUGGAGCCCUACUUUGAUGACUAUGAGAUGAAGGACCGCAUGACCAACUUUGAGAAGAACUUCAACCUGCGCCGCUUCAUGUACACAACCCCCUUCACCAAGAGCGGCCGGCCUCGAGGAGAGCUGUAUGAGCAGUACAAGAGAAAGACUAUCCUCACAACCUCACACGCCUUCCCUUACAUCAAGACCAGAAUCAACGUCAUUCAGAAGGAGGAGUUUGACCUCACCCCGAUUGAAGUGGCCAUUGAGGACAUGCAGAAGAAGACCCGUGAGCUGGCCAUCGCCACACACAAAGAGAAGCCUGACCCUAAAAUGCUGCAGAUGGUUCUGCAGGGGUCCGUCACAGCCACUGUUAACCAGGGACCGCUGGAGGUGGCCCAGGUCUUCUUGAAUGAAAUCCCAGCAGACCCCAAACUCUACCGUCAUCACAACAAGCUGCGCCUGUGUUUCAAAGAGUUCAUCCUACGGUGUGGGGAGGCAGUGGAGAAGAACAAGUCCCUGAUUGCAGCUGAUCAGAAGGAGUACCAGCAGGAGCUGAAGAAGAACUACAACAAACUGAGGGAGAAUCUGAGGCCCAUGCUGGAGAGGAAGAUCCCAGAGCUGUACAAGCCUAUAGUUAAACCGCGCUUUGAGAACAGGGACUCCAUCAAACGGCACAGUUUCCGCCGAGCACAGGAGGAGAGUUCAUGAUGUCAUGAGAAUGGGGUCUCCAGGGGACAUCGGGAGGAGAACGUUCCGUCAUUCGGAGGAGAGGAACGCCGCUGAUGUUUGGAUGGAUAGAGCUGGAUUUCACCCACACAGUAUUAAAGAUGCUAGAUCAGAUCGCAUAUCAUAUCACAAAUAUCUUCAAAGGGAUUCUAAAGGUAUAGAUCAUUUCAGGACAGCCUUUUAUAUCAGCAGGAGUGGAAAAGUACUGAGAAACUGUAUAUAAGUGGGAAAAAAUGUUGCUCAUUUUGUAUAUGUUUUAUUAAUUUCCUCUGUGACUUAGUUAUUGCCAGUCCUUACCUAGUAAAUAUGUAAUUUUAUCACACAAUAUUACCAGUGAUGGGAGGGUGAAGGCUGGCUGGGCAUGUGUUUCAUUUAAAUGCAACAUCUCUGGACAGCUCAACACACUUGGAGGAGAAUGCUAACCCUAUUAGCCUAUUCUGUUACAUCAGCUGUCAGAUUUUGCACUGGUUAACAGUGUGCCAAGUGACAGAGGGAGGGUGAUGGCUAUCCCACUUUUCCAGAGAGAAGAGAACAAGGCCAAUUAUGUAAAUUUUGGAUGGCAGUGGAAUCACUGUAGAUCUAACUUACUUAGUUAAAAGUGGAAUUAUCAGGUCUAUAAUCAGGUCUUUAAUUAUCAGGAGACCGCCAGUUCAAAUUCUAUCCAUGUAGCUAGCCAUCAGCUGCCGGAGCCCUGAGAGAGCACAAUUGGCCUUGCUCUCUCUGGGUAGAUAGAUGUCUCUCUCUCCCCACAUCACUACAAAGGGUGAAUUACAAAGCACAAGGCUGUAUCUGUGAGCUGCUGUAUUGGAACCCGAGUCGCUGCACUUUCCUCCGAGUGUGCUGUAAUGCUACUCUGCAAUGCUAAAUUAGCAGCAGUACAAAAAGAGGAGGUGGCUGACUUCACAUGUAUCAGAGGAGGCAUGUGCUAGUCUUCACCCUCCUUGUGCUGGAACAUCACUAGUGAUAUGGGGAGUCCUAAUGUGUGGGUUGGGUAAUUGGCCAUGAAUAUUUGGGAUAAAAUGGGGAACAAAAAUUAAAUAAAAUUAAAAUAAAAGUAACAUCAUUUUAGCACACUUGAGGGGAAAAAGAUUCAUUUGUUGAAUAGUGUGUGAUGUGGGACAACUACUGCCAGGCAAUACUAGUCAUUACUCGGAAAAUAGUAAAAAAUAUGUUUUUUUUUUUAUUAAAAGUGUUUAAUUUCAAUAAUAUUUGAGGAAAGGACAAAUAUAAUAAUAAUACCCCAAUACAGUAAUGAGUACAGUCACACUCAAGUAUUUUCCACCCCUGAGCGUCAUGAUUUAGUCCAUGUAUGGUCCUUGUAUGGUUGUGCCAUUGCAGAUUUUCUGGAUGUGAUUUCAGCAGGUUGAUACUUUGGUAACUGGUAUAUUAACUAACUAUCAAUUAAAUUAGUCACAUGUACCACAUGAGCUUAAACUGAGGUUUUUCACCCUGUAUCAACCACAUUAUUACAUAUUUUGUUCUUCUUCAAAUAUGGCAUGAAAUCAUGUAACUGUAUACAGUCUUAUGCAAAUGUUGGGACAUCCUCAGCCAAAUAACACAUUUUAUUUUUUAUAUUAAAGAAGAACUCCAGUGUAAAAUUUGACCUUUGGUGUAAUAAAACAUGAGUACUAACCUUUGUUGAAUAGCCCACCUUCGCUCUCCCGCAGCUUUCCAAGAUCCAGUAAUUUUGUGCUUUUUGCCCAGCACUUUGGGCACUUUGGGGCAUAUAUAGAUAAAUCUAUCUUUAUAUAGCUAGAUAAAUCGUUUUUACAUCUCAUUGGUAGAAUCCGGAAAGCCCUGCCAUUUAAAACGAGCCAUUAAAAACUUUAAAAGUGCAUAAGAAGCUUAUUAAAAGCCACUGUAGAUGCCCAAAGUGCCCGUUGUAAAGAGUGCUGGGCAAAAAGCACAAAAUUACUGGAUCUUGAACAGCUGCGGGAGAGCGGAGGUGGGCUAUUCAACAAAGGUUAGUACUCUUUAUUAUGUUUUACUACACCAAAAGUCAAGUUAGUUUUCCUUUAAGUAAAAACACAGUCACUGUAGCUAAUUAAAUGUGAAAUACAAUAUUUUGUACAGUUGCCAUAACCCAUGGUUAGGUUUCACCACAAGAGUUGGUCAUGUUAAGAGUGCCCAAACCUUUGCAUCAGACUGUAUUUUCAGUCUGUUUUUUUUUUUUUUCAGAUAAUUUCAUGUAUUUCUCUGUUGAAACAGCAUUUCAUGAGGGAACAUACCGUUAAUAACCGUCUGAAUUUCUGUGUUUGAUUGAGGACUUUCCAUUUGGACCCGAUGUAAUACAAGAAAGAUCCUCUAUAUAUGUAUUUUGGCUGCAAUAACGGACUAUAUAUAUAGAGAUAUAUAUUUGAACAGAGAUAUAUGAAAUAGAUGUAUAUAUGUUUUGCUUUAUUUAUAGAGACUUUUACUUACCAUAUGCUCACUGGUUACGAGGCACUGGCUAUGAGGCACUAAGAGACAUGUCCGUAUGACUAAUCCCAUCCGAAUGAGUCAAUAAGACAAAUAAAAGUCAUUAUCAUUGGAACAACAAGAUCAAGCACAGUGUCUGAAAUAUCAAAUGUUGAUAAUGGACGUUUUUGAUGUUUUGUUAUUUUAUUUUGUUUUAUAGAAACUUCUAUAGAACUUUUUAGCUGAAUGUUUUGGUAUAUUUUUUAUUGUGCCUAAUAAUAAAGAAAUUAUUUACUUUUCUCAUUACAUCACAGACUACAGAAGUAUUCUGUUUAGCUAAAAAAAAAAAACAACAUCACAUCUGUCAGUCUGUUACACACCUUGCUGCUCUUAACACUGUGAGAACUGUGCAGUUUUUAAGAUCACUAGAUGUUUCCUGUCGCCAAGGUCUCAUUAAAAGCACACGAGUGGAAAUAGAUUUAUUUUUUAUUAUAGCAAUGCUGUGCACAUGAGUCCAAUAAACUUUUAAUAGUUAAA